AUGGAGUCAAUACAACACAGAAGUGGCGCAUUGUUGUUCGACUUGGAUAACACACUUUUUGAUCACUAUUACUCCCUGAGAUCCGCUAUCUCGUCCAUCCAGGCAAGCUACGAUAGUCUCAAAGCCCAUAAUCGCCAAGACCUUAUUUCCAAGCACAACAAGUCACUUCAGAAGGCCUACGACGAAAAACCCCAGCACGAAAUCACUUAUGAAGAGGCAGACUUUAAGAAGUUUUUCGGUGAGAUUGGGCUCCCAGAGCCAGAUCACAAGCAGAUCGUUGAGUUCCGGAACAUCUACAAAUCAGCAUACCGGAAUCAACGAAGGGCGACGCCGAAUAGCGUUGAGAUGCCGAUACGCCUAAGCAGGAAUGGCUUCCGAGUUGCGAUUGUUACCAAUUGUCAACCCAAGGAUCAGCUGGAGAAGGCGAAGGCCAUCGGACUCGAUACCAAAGUCUUUCGUCUGGUAAUUGAGGUAUUGGGGGUGUCGCCUCAGAAAAGCUACAUGAUAGAUGAUUCUGUGAACUACGACAUCAAGGGCGGCCUUGACGGCCUUUCAAGACAAAUGGCCGAUGUCUUGGAAUACAUUUCCAACGAGAACUAUGUCUCUGCCAUCGCCCGACUUGAAGCGAUGAUCAAAAAGUCGUGA